UGUGUCGUGGUGCAUGCUGGGUGUACAUUCUUCGAUGUUGUUUAGUGUUAACUGCGUAUGUCAUAGAAUUAGAGUUAAUUUACGUUUCAUAGAUCUGUCUUUGGGCUGAAACAAUGGAUGCAGAACAUAUGAUAAUGCAGAUAUUUGCAACUUAUUUCACGUAUAGAUAUAACGACUGGCCAUAAACAAUAUUUGGGAAAUAACUUUAUUUGUGAAGAUUUCUGAAUGCUGUGUUGUUGCCCAACAACCCAGAAGACAGAAAUCUUAAUACUCACCGCUGUGAAAACCACAAAUCAUACAUAACUUUAUUUGUGAUUGUCUUUGAUGUGAUGGCUUGUGUCUUGAACAUAUUCUAGGACUUGGGGAAAGUAUUCCAAGCUGGAUACAAUUGUCUGGACUAUGAUGCCGUUUGACUGGAAUUAUUUUAAGCCAUUUACUUUACUGUCCAGGAACUGUUGUGUGAGAAAGAGGUUUUAAAUUUACAAACAGUUCUGCACUCCCUUGCAUCAAGAGUGUCAGAAAUUAUAAUGCAAGGAGUUGAAGAAAUGUCAUCGUCUGUGAAGGGAAGCUCGAGUAAAAUCAUGACUGAUAGGGAUAUCGUGGGUUUACAGAAGUCUGUAAAUUUAUUGAAACUUGAACCUAGUUCAGAUACCAAGACAUGUCAUGAUGGAAAUCAGGUUCUUGAUAUAAAAGUUGAGGGAGUCGCAGAUAUGCAAGCGGAGGAUGGUCCUGUGGUAACAUCAUGUCCCGUAAUAAAGACUGAAGAAGAGAACUGCACGGAUUUGCUGAAAAUUGUAUUUGGUUCAAAUAGUAAGACAUGUCAUGAUGGAAAUCAGUUUAUUGAAGUAAAAUCUGAGGACCUUAGUGAGGAGGAGGCCACAAAGGAGGAGCAGGAGGAGGAUCCUUUGCUAAUAAAAUAUCCAGUAACAAAUAUAGAGCAUGAGCAGAGUAUUGAGGAAGAAUCUUGCACUGAAAAUGGUGCGUGGCAGUAUUACUGUGGUUUGUGUAAAAAGACGUACAAUGAGACGAUUUGCCUAAAGACACAUCCACCAAUACAUCAGGAAAAGCAGUUAUAUCCCUGUGACGUGUGUGAAAAAUCAUUCAGUCAGAGAGGUCAUCUGAAGGCGCAUCAACGGAUACAUAGCGGGGAGCGCCCGUAUUCUUGUGAUGUGUGCAGUAAAUCGUUUCGUCAGAAGGGCGAUCUGAAGAAGCAUCAGCGUAUUCACAGUGGAGAGCGCCCGUAUAUCUGUGAUGUGUGUAAUAUUUCUUUCACCCAAUGGAACGUUCUAAAAAAGCAUCAACGCACACACAGCGGAGAGCGGCCAUAUUCCUGUGAACUGUGUAAUAAGUCAUUCAGUGACAGCAACGUUCUAAAAAUACACCGGCGCGUUCACAGUGGAGAACGGCCUUAUUCCUGUGAUGUAUGCAGUAAGUCGUUCAGUCAGAGGAGUGAUCUGAAGAAACAUCAGCGCAUACAUAGUGGGGAGCGGCCAUUUUCAUGUGGUGUCUGCAGUAAAUCAUUUAGGCGGAGAGAUGACUUAAAGAAACACCAACGAAUACACACUGGAGAGCGACCAUAUCUGUGUAAUGUUUGUAAUAAUACUUUUGGUGAGAAGAGUGUUCUGAAAAAGCAUCAGCGGUUGCAUAGUGGAGAGCGGCCAUAUUUUUGUGACGUGUGUAGCCAUUCUUUCAAUCAGAAGAGUGAUCUGACAGUACAUCAACGCAUACACAGUGGGGAGCGGCCAUUUUCAUGUGGUGUGUGUAGUAAAUCAUUCAGGGAGAGCAGAGUUCUGAAGAUCCAUCAACUUGUACACAGUGGAGAUCGGCCAUUUUCUUGUGAUUCGUGUAAUAAAUCAUUCUGCCAGAGGAGUGAUCUGAAGAAACAUGAACUCACGCACAAUAGAGAGCAACAAUGAAUUUUCUCGCAUCAACACCCUUUGCUUGAGAGCGUAUUAGUUCUCAUGAUUUACGUAAUAAGUUACUCUCAGGGGAGUGAUCUCAAGAAUCAUUGAAAAUAUCGCACGGGCAGCGCCGACUUCUAACAAGAGUCGAGUUCUUUCCAGCGUCGAGACGACCUAGACUCAAGUCAGCGAGGAAAUAAAGGUGUUCGGUCGACUUGGUUUUACACAAGUUUGGUGAAGCCGACUUUCGAGUAGUUUCUAAAUAUUGUUACAAAAUAAUAGUUUUGCAAAGCUUUCUUCAUCUCGGUACUCUGCCGCUGUGUAUAGGAACUUUGGCUUGUUUACAGUGUGUCCCAUCACUAGUGGCCCAAGAGGGAUGAUUUGGAUAUCAAGUGGAAACAUCCUGCUCUCCCUUACUGAAGAUAACUUGUUUGUAGCUUAUGUUGAAAUAGCAAAUACAAAAUAAUUGCAAUUGCAGCUUGGUUCUUAAAGAUAUAGGAGAAUAUACCCUUUUAAUAUGUAUUUAUAUAUUAAUGUAGUCUCUAUAAUCAAGCCAUAUACAACAGUGUGGUAUGUAUGUCUUUCUGUGAAAUGGGUUAUAAUAAGUUAUUCACAGGCCAAAAUCAUCUAAAGACGCGUCGGCUCAUGCUCAGUUGUGAGUGUUUAUGUUUCUGUGAUGUGUUGGGCAUCAUUCAGUGAUCAUUGUCAUUAGUAAAGGGUGGUUAUUUGUUUUCCUUUGAUGUCUGUAAAAGUCAAUGAGUAAUUAAUGCCAUUUUCGUUUUAGAACAUUUUCAUUAUAUUGUAAUUUGUUCCAGUAGCGUAGUUUAAAUGCAUCAGUGCGCUAGAUCAUGUCAUAAGGGAAAUGUAUUUUGCAAAUUUUAACUGUGCUUGUGCUGAUCUGGAAGGGCAGAAAGGCAGAAAUUCUAAUAGUUCCUGAAGACUAUAAUAACAUCCUGUGCCCUUAUAGAAUUUGGAAAGUUUUUAGACACAGGUUGUGAAGUGGAUUGAGCUGGCUGAGGAUAGGGUAGCAACUUGAUCAGAUGUACCCUGUUAAGUGGAGACAGCUGGUAACAGAUAUUGUGACGGUGAAGCAAAUGUUGGACGGAACCACUGCCGAUAAGUCAUUAUUCACAUUUAUAAUUUUCAUGUUCAAAUUGAAUGAGUAUUGAAUUAAUAACGUGUUUCUGUGGGUACAACUUGCAGCAGGACAUCAUAGUGUACAUAAAUUUGUCUAGUAUGUAAUUAUUUGUGUAAUAAUUUUCAUGCAAUUUGACAUUAUGUCAGGAAUGAUUACUGUAAAAACAUAUUUUCUACAAU